AUGGAGGCUGCUUUGCCACAUUUUCACCGGCUGACGUCAUCACGGUUUUACCAGCAGUAUGCAGCUCCACCAGUCCGCAUCUCCAGCAACUACCUCCACGACCUCAUUCCCCAACAGCAUCCGACCCUCCUCCAGCAAUAUUUGGCUUACUAUAACGAACCUCUAGUGCCCCUUGACUUGUCCCUCAAAUCCACUACACCGAUCACCCCUCCGUGCACGCCGCCACCCUUACAAAAAAGAAAAGCAGUCGACGACAACAAACCGGACAAAUCCCCUAAAAUAUUUCGCCAUUUUGAAGACAAUGAUACCAAAGAAGAAUCACAAGAUAAAACAGAUAAGCGAAAAAUAGACGAUGAAAAUUCUAACGACAGCGAUAGUCCUGAAGUCAAGAAACUAAAGUUCACCCAACAGUUUUUUGAAGAACUCAAAACAUGUUUGCCACAAGAAGAAGAGACGACACCAUCGAAAAGUGGCAGAAGCUCACCAGACGUCGUCGAGAUUAAGGAUUUAGAAGAAAGACCUAAAAAGUCUCCGAAACCACCUCAGCAACCGACUAAAAAGAGCAAAGCUGUUAGAAGGCUCAUGUUUGACGAGGAUAAAACGUCUCCCGUAUCUGGCACUAUUAUACGAGACCUGGCUGAAGAUGAAACUCUGGUCGUUCGAAAGGGAGACAUUGAUCCAGCGUUUAACGUGGUGGAAGUGACUGACGAGGCGAAAGCUUUGAUAGCUGCGAUAGAGAACAGGCUGGGCCGGUACAUCUGCAGGCUGUGUCGACGCCUGUACAGCGACGCCUUUGCGUUGGCGCAACAUCGGUGCUCUCGAAUCGUGCACAUUGAAUAUCGAUGUCCCGAGUGCGACAAGGUGUUCAAUUGCCCUGCUAACUUAGCAUCUCACCGCCGCUGGCAUAAACCCCGCGUGGCCGGCACAGUGAAACGCCGUGAGCCAACUGCGGCUGAUUCAGGUCGUUUCCCUUGCCAGAGGUGUGGCAAGAUGUUCCGAAGACAAGCUUACCUAAGGAAGCACAUGCUGGCCCACGAGCAGCCGGAAAAUGAGCCUGAGAAGGAACCUUCUGCUUUUCGGCAGGUUCACGCUGAAUAUCCAACCUACCAACCGGACGUAAUCCGAGAGACCGGCUUCAAUAACUUCUGGAACAAAAUCCCGGCUCCUCAACAUGAGCUGAGCUGGGAGGGCGUGCGUCCUAGAUGUGGAUCGUCUUGUUCUUCAGAGGACUCUCGGAGUCUUGAUGUGACGGGUUCUGAGGAUGAAGGAGGAGGCGGGGGGGUUAUGGAUGGGUGA